AUGGCCGCUCAGCUGUCACAAUCCGCUGCAUCGCCAGCUUUGCGAAGUAGGCAAACAGCCGUACCAGUCUUGCCCUGGACGCGGUCGUUUGUCAGUAACAACAAGCCAAGUGGUAGAAACAAAAACGAGAGUCGGCCAGAGUCGUCAAACCAGCCCCCCGAGUCGGAAGCAGACUCCAAACCUGCAGCCUCACAGGACACCCCCACGCCCGCAUCCAAUGAGGCCCAUGCCGAACCAUCUCAGACUUCGAAAGAAGCCGAAUCCAUCCCCUUCCACAAGCUUCCUGAUUUGACACAGGGUAUUCCGUCGACGCUGGACGCAGAACUGCGACAACGCUCAGCCCAGGCCCACUCUGCGAUUGAGGCCGUGGAGCAGGGAGACGAAUCCGAUGGCCGUGGCAGGCGAGAGCGCCCCGAGUAUGUGUCGACGAGCGACCGCAACCGAAAAUGGUGGGCACGGUUUAUGCUGGCCGCCGCCGCCGCCGUAGGAUCCUUCGGCGUCCUCUACAUGGGUCGUGAGUGGGAUGAUGUCGAGGCCCAGCGCCAUAGUGACGUUCCCAAUGGCUGGAGCUCCACGCUGUGGUGGCAGAGAGUCAAGGCCCGUAUGGGCGAGUCGGUGUCGUACUACCAAGAUCCCGCAUUCGACAAACUGCUUCCAGAUCCCGAUCCCAGCUUCGAGCGGCCAUAUACGCUCUGCCUAAGUCUGGAGGACCUCCUGGUUCACAGCGAGUGGAGCCGCGACCACGGCUGGAGGGUAGCCAAGCGACCAGGCAUGGACUACUUCGUCCGAUAUCUCAGCCAGUACUACGAAUUGGUCCUCUUCACAACUGUGCCGUUUGCCAUGGGCGAGCCCAUCGUCCGCAAGUUGGAUCCCUUCCGUUUCAUCAUGUGGCCGUUGUACCGCGAAGCCACCAAGUUCGAGGACGGCGAGAUUGACUUGUCGUACCUCAACCGGGACCUGUCCAAGGUCAUCAUCAUCGACACCAAACCACAGCACAUCCGCAAGCAGCCAGAAAACGCCAUCGUGCUGCAGCCGUGGAAGGGGGAUUCCAAGGACAACGAUUUGGUCGGGUUGAUCCCCUUCCUCGAAUACAUUCACACGAUGCAGUACUCGGAUGUGCGCAAGGUUCUGAAGUCGUUUGAGGGCAAGCACAUCCCCACCGAGUUCGCCCGACGUGAGGCCAUUGCAAGGAAGGAAUUCAACAAGCAGCUGGAGCAAAGGAAGAAGCAUUCCAGGGGAUCCGGCGUCGGGGCGCUCAGCAACCUUCUCGGACUGAAGCCCGCAAACAUGAGCAUGACCGUGGCCCCGGAGGGCGAGCAGAACCCGUCAGAGGCCUUUGCCCAAGGCAAGAUGCUGCAGGACCUUGCGAGAGAGCGGGGACAGCGCAAUUACGAGCUCCUCGAGAAGGAAAUCCGCGAAAACGGCGACAAGUGGCUCAAGGAAGAGCAGGUCGCAAUGGAAAAGGCCCAGCAGGAGGCCAUGAGCAGCAUGAUGGGUUCCUUUUUCGACUGGUUCCGACCCAAACCUAGCGACGCCGCUGGUGCUGGUGCUGGUGCUGGUGCUGAGAAGAAGGCCUAG